AAGUGGGAGAGAGCAAAUUUGGCCCAAAUGUGACGUGCGAACUGAUCCGACCUCAGCUGGCUUUCACUCGGAACUGGAAGAAAAAGGGGAAUACGUUUAGCAGUUCAUAUUUGAAAGGAAAUAAACCAGAAUGCAACGCACGGAUAAUCAGUACAACAGAGUGAUUGAAAUCCCCUUAAGGAAAGAGAGGAGGAUGGAUUCUGUGUCCAAAUAUUCAGAGGUUUUGAAUGCCGAGCGAAAGGUUGAUGGUGAGAAGCACAUCCGAUGUUGGUCGUUUCCCCGGAGCAGCCCCGCCCACCAGGGUAGAGCUGAGCAUCCAGAAAGAGGAAAAGAAGCAGGAUGAAGGAAGCUGCCGCCGAUGGUUUAGGAAGAUGUGCCCGUGCUGCUGUAAGCGGCAGAGCAGCACCUCCUAUGAUGUGACGGACAAGAUCGAGAUGGUCAAACCUCCGUCACCGGAGCCUCUGAAGACCAAACCUGAGAAUGGAGAGACCAAAGAGGUGGAAGACAUCAAGGUUUUGGUGCAGUCUGUCGACCUUCUGAGCUCCAAGACCGGCCAGAACAGAGUGGAGCACCACACAGACCUGUAUGACGGGGAUGAGAUGAUCAUCCGUAGAGGGCAGACCUUCCAGAUAGAGAUGGAACUGAACAGGCCCUUCAACGCCUCCACUGACAAGCUGCAUCUGGAUCUGAAGACAGGUCCGCUGCCCAUGGUCUCCAAAGGCACCCACAUCAUCAUCCCACUGGUGGAGCAUCUGGAGGACGAACGCUGGGAGGCAAAGGUGGUGGAGGAGACUGGCAACAAGAUGAAACUGUCGGUCAACUCUCCUGCCACCGCCGUCAUCGGUCUGUACGGCCUGAGUGUCACCACCUCCUCUCUAAAGGGCGAGGCCCCCACCACCUACACAUGCAGCGAGAACAUCACCAUGCUCUUCAACCCUUGGUGUGAAGAGGACAUAGUGUUCCUGGACGAUGAGGACGAGAGGAAGGAGUACGUGCUGAACGACACUGGAAGGAUUUACUACGGCACCGAGAACCAAAUUGGUGCCCGUACUUGGAACUUUGGCCAGUUUCAUGAAGGAAUCCUGGAGGCCUGUCUGUACAUCUUGGAAAAGAGCGACAUGCCCCCUUCUGGUCGAGGUGACCCUGUCAAUGUGGUCCGAGUCAUUUCUGCUUUGAUCAAUGCUCAGGAUGAUUAUGGAGUUCUGGUUGGAAACUGGUCUGGGAAGUACUCUGACGGCGUCUCCCCGGCUGCGUGGAGCAGCAGCGUGGAGAUCUUGAAGAAGUACCACUCAUCCAAUGGCACGCCAGUGUGUUACGGACAGUGCUGGGUCUUCUCUGGGGUCACCACGACAGUUCUGCGCUGCCUGGGAAUCCCAGCCCGCAGUGUGACCAACUUCCAGUCUGCUCAUGAUACGGACGUGUCCCUCACCACUGAUGUGUACUUGGACGAGGAAAUGGAACCACUAGACUACCUCAACAAUGACUCCAUCUGGAAUUUCCACGUAUGGAAUGACUGCUGGAUGGCCAGACCAGACCUUCCUCCUGGAUAUGGAGGCUGGCAGGCGGUGGACUCCACUCCACAGGAAACCAGCCAGGGCACUUUCCGCUGCGGUCCUGCCUCUGUGAACGCUAUCCGCUCUGGCCAAGUCUACCUCAAACAUGACACUCCCUUUGUCUUUGCUGAGGUCAACAGUGAUAAGAUCUACUGGCAGAGGAACUUGGACGGCACCUUCAGCCAGGUGUACACUGAGAAGAAGGCAGUCGGUCACUGUAUCAGCACCAAAGCAGUCGGUUCUGAAGAGCGAGCUGACAUCACACACCUGUACAAACACCAUGAAGGUUCAGAUGAGGAACGCAUCGCUGUGGAGACAGCCUGUCGCUAUGGCAGCAAGCCAGAUGUUUACUCCACCGCCAUGGCAGAGGACGUGGGUGUGGAGGUGAAGAUGGAGGGUGAGGGACCCAGGAUGGGGGCCGAUGCUAAGCUGAGCAUUGUGGUGAAAAACCAGAGCUCUUUUCCCCGCAAGGCCACACUGCACAGCCAGGUGGCGGUCAUGUACUACACCGGUGUUCUGAAGGGAACCAUCAAGAAGGAUCAAAUACCUGUGGAGCUGAUGCCCAAUGAAGAGAAAACCAUUGACUGGGUGUUGCCAUACCAGCAGUACCAGAACCAGCUGGUGGACCAGGCAGCACUGAUGCUAACUCUGUCUGGAAGAGUCAGUGAGACGCAGCAGGUGUUAGCGAAGCAGACCACCUUCAGGCUGCGUACACCCGACCUCAGCAUCACGCCUUUGGGAGACGCCAUCGUUGGCAAGGAGAUGGCAGCAAAGAUCAUCUUCACCAACCCGCUGCCACGAACACUGAAGGACGUGGUGUUCAGAGUAGAAGGCCUGGGUCUGCAGAAGGGACAUGAAGUAGUUGUUGGUGACGUUGGUAGUAAUGCCACCGUCACUCUGACAGAGCACUUCAUCCCCAUCCAGGCCGGAGCCAGGAAGCUGGUGGCUUCACUUGACUGCAAACAGCUCACACAAGUGCACGGAGUGGCCGACAUCGUUGUUCUUGAGAAAUGAGAAAAAUGUGAACACCUCACUCCUGCCUUUUUACUUCAGUUCUAGAAACUAUCAACUAAAAUCAUUUAUCUAUAGUAUAUGGGGUCUGCCGGGAGCCUGUUUUGUGUAUUUUAUACAGUAUAAUCUGAAGAUUUUCUAAAACUACGUCUAGAAACUCAACCACUGUAGCAUUAUCAAAAAUUGUGAUUUUUUUUUUGUACUUGAAAUACUAUAAAUGUAUGGCUUUAAAGAGCUAAACCUGUGGUAAAGAAGUUAAUUGUAGCAUGUUUAACAUUGACAAUUAGAAAUGAUUCAUACGUAAGAUUAACCAGUUUUUAGACUGAUGAGUUAGUGCAUGUGAAGGCACUGAUCACAGCGUGUGAAGGUUCAGGCAGGGUUUUGUGCUUAAAGUCUCAUUCGAGUUAGAGUAAAAAUAUCUGGACAAAAUGAACAUUUUGUGGCUUCAAUGAAGGAAGGGUACUGUGAAGUGUUUUGUUAGAGGCACAUUUUUUUAACUUUGAAACCAGAAUAUUUUGUGACUCGAUGUCAAAGGUCAGAAUCAUUUUAGAACAAAAACUGAAAUCUUCUUGGUAAUCUUUUAUUUUUACUGAACUUUCUUCUGUCUCUGUGGUUGUCGUUGUUGCCAUGUUUGUCUUUUGUUGAUGUGUCUCUCUGUGUGUAACUGAACUGACAUCAGCUUUGCAGUAUUAGGUAAGAGCACAUUCAAACACAGACCAGAGCAGCCCGAGUCCUGAGGUGUACAGGCCGCAGCCUGUUUAACGUCAGCACUCGAAGAACAAUGUGAAGGAACUUAUUUUAUUAACAAUGCCAUUAUUUAUCUAUUUCAUCUUUAUUUAGCAGAACCGUUUUAUGUUUGAUUUUUGGUAAUAAAACGUCCACUGAAAUCACAGCUUUGAUUAAUGCAUUUUCUUUUUUAGUCUGCAUACAUCAUCAGACACACCUUGUAAAUGUUGAAGGGAGGAGAACAUGAUGUCAUGUAAUCCACGCAUCAGGAGGAGCAAGUGUCAGCCUGUAAAAUACCAUCUCUGCGAACUCCCCUGCCUUGUUACCGUGCUGUAUCAAAGAUCACUCAGUGAACUUCAUCUAGUGUCUGUAACAAAGACAAAUUCUGUGUGUUUGUUUUGUUAUAUUCUGCAGAAUUGUCAGAAAAUUGGGAACUUGGCUCCUCAAUAACCUCAUUGCAUCAAUGGAUGUUUUUCCCUUCACCGAAAUCAUGGCAAAGAGCACAUGCUGUUUGAAAACAGUUCUCCAACAGUUCAAGAUAAGCCAUGUUACCAGUAUUUCAGGUUUUCCUGUCACUGAUUAUUCAACAUGUCUAUGUCUUUAUGCUGUGUUUUUCGAGUUUGGGAUUUUAUUCUGAAAUGUACUUUUAUUUUGACAGCAUUUUACACAAGCUUCUUCUUUGGGCUUUGUGGCAAAAACUGAACCCCACAGAUCCUUGGAAUAACACUUGUUGCUGACCUCUGCUGGCAGGGCUGUAAAGUACAAUGAGGUAAGAUCCUGGUGCAAUAGAACGGCGUCAAAAUAAAAAAAAACAAAAACAUUUUAUUAUUU